GGGGCGUGGCAUGGCUUGCCAGAGCGCCGCUACUGCUUCCCUGUUUUCUGGGCUCAUGUCCGCGCUCCCCGGUGCCUGUUCCUGGCGGGCAGACCCACCCUCCCGCCAUUCUUCCGGGAGCGCAGGCCUCCCCAGGCGCCGCUUAGUUGCUUGGAGCCUACUGCAUGCUUCCUCAGCACGGAAAAGAACAAUGCUGGUUUCGGAAGGAACGAAGGAACUUUGGUAGUCCUGGCCGAACCACCGACGCAAGGCAAGGUAGCGCUUCUGCAGCGUGGUAGCAGCCGCAGGAGUCCUGUCUGGAAGGGCGCUGGGAGAGACCCGUCACACCAAAGGGCAGCUAUUGCUUUUGAUGAGGACACCUCAAGAGGUCACCAAAGACAGUUGGAGUUCAUUUCAGCUCCUUACAGAAUCAGGACCUCUACCUCAGUGCCGCUCCAGGCAGCUCUGCCUCAGAGAUUGCUUCUCCGGUUGCUCUUGGACCGUGUCACUGGCUGGAAGAGGAAUGCUGUAAAACUGAGCCAGGAACCAACUCGGAGCCAUUCGCCUGUACGUGCUCGGUCGGUGAACUGACAGCUCUGAGCCCAGGAAUACCAAGUCCUGAAAAACGGGCGCAGAGAGGAUGAGUAUGGGGGAGAGCACCUCAGCUCCCUUCCAUACCUCAGACACCAACAGGGUUAUUUCCUCCUUUUCUGUCGUGGACUAUGUGGUGUUUGGCCUGUUGCUCCUUCUCUCCCUCAUCAUUGGGCUCUAUCAUGCUUGCCGUGGAUGGGGCCGUCAUACUGUUGGUGAGUUGCUGCUGGCAGACCGCAAAAUGGGCUGCCUUCCUGUGGCACUGUCCCUGCUGGCCACCUUCCAGUCAGCAGUAGCCAUCCUGGGGGCACCAGCUGAGAUCUACCGAUUCGGAACCCAGUAUUGGUUCCUGGGAUGCUCCUACUUCCUGGGACUUCUGAUCCCUGCUCACAUCUUCAUCCCAGUCUUCUACCGCCUGCAUCUUACCAGUGCCUAUGAGUACUUGGAGCUCCGCUUUAAUAAAGUAGUGAGGAUCCUUGGAACUGUGACCUUCAUCUUUCAGAUGGUGAUCUACAUGGGCGUUGCUCUCUACGCACCAUCCUUGGCCCUCAAUGCAGUGACAGGAUUUGAUCUAUGGCUGUCGGUCUUGGCCCUUGGAAUUGUCUGCAACAUCUACACUGCGCUGGGUGGGCUCAAGGCUGUCAUUUGGACAGAUGUGUUCCAAACGCUGGUCAUGUUCCUAGGGCAGCUGGUGGUUAUCAUUGUAGGCUCAGCCAGAGUGGGCGGCUUGGGUCAUGUAUGGAACGUGUCUUCCCAGUAUGGCCGCAUCUCUGGGAUUGAGCUGGAUCCCGACCCGUUUGUGCGUCAUACUUUCUGGACUUUGGCCUUUGGGGGGGUUUUCAUGAUGCUGUCCUUGUAUGGAGUGAAUCAGGCUCAGGUGCAGCGCUACCUCAGCUCCCGCUCAGAGAAAGCUGCUAUUCUUUCCUGCUAUGCGGUGUUCCCCUGCCAACAAGUGGCCCUGUGCAUGAGCUCCCUCAUUGGUCUGGUCAUGUUUGCCUAUUAUAAGAAAUAUACUAUGAGCCCCCAGCAAGAGCAAGCAGCACCUGACCAGCUAGUGCUCUAUUUCGUCAUGGACCUCCUGAAGGACACGCCGGGACUGCCUGGGCUCUUUGUCGCCUGCCUCUUCAGUGGAUCCCUCAGCACCAUAUCAUCCGCAUUCAAUUCACUGGCAACUGUCACCAUGGAGGACCUAAUUCAGCCUUGGUUCCCUGAGAUGACUGAAACCCGGGCCAUCCUGCUUUCCCGAAGCCUUGCCUUUGCCUAUGGACUGAUUUGCCUGGGAAUGGCCUAUAUUUCCUCUCAUCUGGGAUCAGUGCUCCAGGCAGCACUCAGCAUCUUUGGCAUGGUCGGAGGGCCACUGCUGGGACUUUUCUGCCUGGGGAUGUUCUUCCCGUGCGCCAACCCUCUUGGUGCCAUCGUAGGCCUGUUGACUGGACUCACCAUGGCCUUCUGGAUCGGCAUUGGGAGCAUAGUGAGCAGGAUGAGCUCUUCUGUGGCGUCCCCUCCCGUUAAUGGGUCCAGCUCCUUCCUGCCCAGCAACUUGACCAUCGCCACUAUGACUACUCUGAUGCCUUCUACCACCCUGUCCAAGCCCACAGGACUGCAGCGGUUCUACUCCCUGUCCUAUUUAUGGUACAGUGCGCACAACUCCACCACGGUCAUUGUCGUGGGCCUGAUUGUCAGUCUGCUCACCGGGGGAAUGCGGGGCCGGACCCUGAACCCCGGCACCAUUUAUCCAGUGUUGCCAAAGCUCCUCUCACUCCUGCCCUUAUCCUGCCAGAAGCGGCUUCGCUGGAGAAGCUACAGCCAGGAUGUCCCUGUGGUCCCCCCCCUGUGUCCGGAGAAGAUGAGGAAUGGAGUGCUGCAGGACAGCAGGGGUAAAGAGAGGAUGGCUGAGGAUGGCCUCGUCCACCAGCCGUGCAGCCCGACCUACAUCGUCCAGGAGACCUCUCUGUGACAGUCUGUCCACCCUGCAGGACAGCAGCCACGGCCCGCUUACAGUGCCGUGUGUCACCACAUGUGUUCUGCAGGGGCAGGCUAGUGACCUAGCCCACAACAAAGGACCUUGUUCACGCCUCCAUGGACGCCGCUGCAUGCAAGGGCUAGACACGUUUUUUCCUUAUCCCUUGCCAAUCCUACCCUUAGGAUCAGGUUUAAGGGUACAGAAUUACGUUGCGAGUAGGGAAAUAAAUGAAUCCACAGAGAAAAGGAUGACUUUUGAUUGAGUAUGAUGACCAGAGUCCUUUGGGGUUGGUAGGAAUGAUAUUUCUUAUAACCACCCUGGGGCCUGAUUUGGCAAGAUUGACCAGCCCUACCUUAAGCAUGAAAUUCUUGGCUGCCUUUCGAUUCCCUCCCUCUCAAGUCAUCUUGGGUUAUCUCAGCUGUUUGUGGGUACCUGAAAGUGAUUUCAGGUUUUCUGUAACACUCAAGCCCCCUCACAGUCUUACCUGCCUACCUCAGUUCUUCAGAGGGAGGCUUCGGUGUCCUGGCUCCCGGACAGUUGUGUAACAUCUGCUUUGUAGAGGAGGCAAGUUUUUACAUCACAGACCCCACCCUCCUCAGGUGGUACCUAAGAGAUCGUGUCCUCACCAGGUUCCUUCUGCGGUGUGCUAUCCUCUGAACUCUGAAGCCAGGCCACCCUGGUGUCACUCUGUUGUCUAUGCGCCGGUUUCAUUUUGGAGUUUCCUCAUGCAUUUGUUCCUAGGGAAUAAAAUAGCUGUUAG